AAAAUUUUUACUAUUAAAUUUAUAAAUACAAUUUUUAAUUCCAAAUUAUUAAACAAAUCUAAUUCACACAAUAUUUCACAUUUUGUAAUCAAGUGAUAUUCAAAAAUCUUGUCACCGUUAUAUUAAUAGUUCCAAAUAAUUUAUUAGAAAUAAUUAUAUACCCUAGAAUAUAUAUGGAGGUAGGUGGCGAACAUGAGGAAUUGGCAUAUAAUUGGCUUAAUAUAAACGAAAUUUUUAAGAAAACUCAUCCCUGUUCGUGGUGGACUAUUAAAUUGUUGAAAAAAGCACACGUGUUUGAAGCAGCCCUGUUGAGACAGGUUGCGAAUCAAAAUAAAUGUAAACAAAUCAAAUUGCUUGCAAGCAGCAAUAGAAAUAUAUCAAAACAAAAUUAUUAUAAGAAAUGUCGCUUAAAUUAUUAAAACAAAGUUUGGAUAUACUAGAUGAAACACCAUCUAAUAAUGAAAAAUGUAAACAGAAAACAGCAAAAACUGUUGCAAAGAAUGCUCACCUAAGCAAAUCCAACAGGAAGCAUACAAACAAUCAGCAACAUCACACUUUAGAGUAUAUAACUAAGGAGAAAAAGAAUAUAGAAGAUGUGCGCAAGGAGUUGCUGCCCGACAAAAAUAAAACAAAUAUAAACCUGAAGCGCUUAUUGGCGCUAUCACAAAAUACAAUAACGCCCAAUGAUGCUAAUAAGAUUAUAAAGCGAAACAACAAAGGCAAAACAAUAAAGACAGCAAAGAAACCUAAAGUGCUGAAAUCAAUUUUCACAGAGGAAGACUUUUUGGCUUUCGAAAAAGAAUAUUUUCCAACUAGUUAAUAGUGUGACAGUUAAUUUAGUGAAAAUAUUUAUAUUUAGUAUAUAAUAAAAAUUCUGGUUAAUAAACGCUGUAACUAUAAU